CCCGUCACAAGGCCCCGCAGCGUCUCCCGAGUCGCAGGCGCAGGCCCAGCCGAGCCGGCCGCCGAGCGGGUGCUGGUGUGGGUGCGGGCGCAGCCGCCAUCGACCGCGCGGUCGCGCACCGGACACCGUGCGCACCGUUCCGGAGGCGCCCCGCGAGUGGGGGAGACCACAGAACCUGAGGCCAUGCCCCAUGAAAAGAGUUUCUUGGUGUCUGGGGACAGCUAUCCUCCCCCCAAUCCUGGAUAUCCUGGGGGGCCCCAGCCCUCCAUGCCUCCCUACCCGGGGGCCCCUUACCCACAGCCCCCUUUCCAGCCUUCCCCAUAUGGCCAGCCAGGGUAUCCCCAGGGCCCCAGCCCCUACCCUCAAGGGGGCUACCCUCAGGGCCCCUACCCCCAAGGAGGCUACCCUCAGGGCCCCUACCCUCAAGGGGGCUACCCGCAGGGGCCAUAUCCGCAGAGCCCCUUUCCCCCCAACCCCUACGGACAACCACAGGCCUUCCCGGCACAGGACCCUGGCUCACCUCAGCGUGGAAACUAUCAUGAAGAGGGUCCCCCGUCCUACUACGACAACCAGGACUUUCCUGCCACCAACUGGGAUGACAAGAGCAUCCGCCAGGCCUUCAUCCGGAAGGUGUUCCUGGUGCUGACCCUGCAGCUGUCCGUGACGCUGUCCACUGUGGCCGUGUUCACCUUUGUCGGGGAGGUGAAGGGCUUCGUCCGGGAGAACGUGUGGACGUACUAUGUGUCCUAUGCAGUCUUCUUCGUCUCCCUCAUCGUCCUCAGCUGCUGCGGAGACUUCCGGCGGAAGCACCCCUGGAACCUGGUUGCACUGUCCAUCCUGACCGUCAGCCUGUCCUACAUGGUGGGGAUGAUCGCCAGCUUCUACAACACUGAGGCGGUCAUCAUGGCCGUGGGCAUUACGACAACCGUCUGCUUCACGGUGGUCAUCUUCUCCAUGCAGACCCGCUACGACUUCACCUCGUGCAUGGGCGUGCUCCUGGUGAGCAUGGUGGUGCUGGUCAUCUUUGCCAUCCUCUGCAUUUUCAUCCGGAACCGCAUCCUGGAGAUCGUGUACGCCUCGCUGGGCGCCCUGCUCUUCACCUGCUUCCUGGCAGUGGACACCCAGCUGCUGCUGGGGAACAAGCAGCUGUCCCUGAGCCCGGAGGAGUAUGUGUUUGCCGCGCUGAACCUGUACACGGACAUCAUCAACAUCUUCCUGUACAUCCUCACCAUCAUCGGCCGCGCCAAGGAGUAGCCCGCGCCCGGGCCCCACUCAGGUGGCCUGGAUGGCCUGGACCCUGCCCCUGGUGUGGCAGUGCCAUCAUACCUCCCCUCUCUCUCUCUCUGGGCACCGCCUGGGAGUGAGGGGCCCCCCCUCCGACCCUCCUGUGUGUAUACUGCAGAUACUUUUGUCUGGACCCGCCGUGGCCAGCAUGGCCCCUUCUAGCCCUCCGGCCCGCCACAGGGCAGCGGGGCCAGGUCUCCAUGCCUCCUCCUGCCCACUCACUGUUGCAUGAGCCCUGUCUGCCAGCCCACCCCAGGGUCUGGGGGCGACACCAGGUCCCAGGGGAGAGGGGUGAAGCCAGGAGGUGCGGGUGCACGUCUCCCCUCCGGUUCCAGCCCCCUCCCAUGCCUGGCAUAGAGAACCCUCUCCCUCCCCUCCCCUCCCCCGCCCCGGAGCGCUGCCCUCUGGGGGCCUGAGGGCUGAGGAUCUUGUCCCUGUGCUGAGCCCUGAGGGCAGAGAGAUUGAGAGUAUUUCAGGGGAGGAGGGCGCCUUCCUCUCCUCUUGCUGUCUUUAAAAUUCCAAUAAACGGGACCUUCUGCUC